AUGACUAUCGCGACGGAUGGUUUUGAAAUCGCUGUUCAGGAUCUCACAUUCCACCACAACGCGGCGCACGAGCCUGCUCUCAAGGAUAUCAACCUUCUUCUACCCAAGGGCUCGCGCACCGUCCUGAUUGGCGCCAAUGGAGCUGGCAAAUCGACGCUUCUGCAGAUCCUGGCUGGAAAGAGGCUCAUCUCCGGCGCCAACGCGCGCGUCAUGGGGCGCGACGUCUUUCGCGACAGCCCGCGCGGGAUCACGCAUCUCGGGACCGAGUGGGCGAUGAACCCUGUAGUGCGCGGCGAUAUCGGGGUCGAGCAUUUCCUCGAUUCGGUGGGCGGCUACCGCUACAAGGAGCGCCGCGACGAGCUUCUGGAAAUCCUCGAUGUUGACCUUGACUGGCGCAUGCAUCGCAUCUCUGACGGCGAACGCCGCCGUGUGCAAUUAUGCAUGGGUCUUAUGGCUCCCUGGGAUGUGCUCCUCUUGGACGAGAUCACCGUCGAUCUCGACGUCCAGGUCCGCGACGAUCUGCUUCAGUUCCUCAGGCGUGACAGCGAGGCGCGCCAGGCCACAAUUCUGUAUGCUACGCACAUCUUCGACGGGCUGAGCAGCUUCCCGACCCACAUUGCUCACAUGCGCUUGGGUGCAUUCGUCCAACAGCCGAUUGCCUGGCCGUCCUCGGACUUCAAGGGCGCAUCCCUCUACAACGUCGCGCUUGAUUGGUUACGAGAGGACAUGCGCCUCAGGCGUGAGCUUGAAUCAAGUGGGGGACGCAAGGUGCGCGGGCCCCGCCGCGGCGCCUCUACUGUCCCGACCGACUCGGAGACGUUCUACAAGAAAUAUGACUACAGCCACUAG